CUCGCAGCUUCCCUCCACCUCGGUUCUCCGGCUGGCUGCGCCGCUUUGCGCAGGAUGCCAGCUGGGGACUUGACCGGCGCUGCUGACUCCUCGGGUGACCCGCGAAUAGUGGAGUAAACUGGAUUGAACUCCAUGAAGUAUGUUUCUAAGGGACAGCUGGUUUUGCGCUCACUGGGCAUGGCGGAGCACAGGAAGCUGCCUAGUCAUGCUUGCUCUCCUGUUAUUGCACACAUCCAGUCUGGAAGGCCGAAAAGCACAUCAGUUUGUCUGGAAAACAGGUCAUUGGGGCCGGUGCAUAGGUGAUUGUGGUUCAGGUGGUGUUCAGAGCCGUAUCGUUUGGUGUGUCCAUUCAGAAGGCUGGACAACCCACCAUUCCAGUUGUGAACAAAAUUACAGGCCUGAAAGCCAGAGGAGCUGCUUUAAAAUAUGUGACUGGCAUCUUGAACUCUUUGAAUGGGAAGUUUCAGAAUGGCACAGAUGUAUUCUAGUUCCUUUUGCCCAUGGUGAAGUCAAGCCACGGACUUCAGAGUGUAUAAUGGCACAGCAUGGAUUACAGCACAGACGUGUACAGUGUGUUCAAAAGCUAAAUAGAACAGUAGUCACAAAUGAGAUCUGUGAAUAUUUUAAUCCCCAGCCAACUACGGAACAAGCUUGCCUCAUACCUUGCCCACGGGAUUGUGUGGUAUCUGAAUUCUCCUCCUGGUCUGGAUGUAGCAAACACUGUGGAAAAAGUUUACAGCAUAGAACCCGUUCUGUUGUUGCUCCUCCACUUUAUGGUGGAGCCAGAUGUCCAAAUCUGACUGAAUCGAGGGUUUGCGAUGUUUCCAUCUCUUGUUCUCGUGGGGAAGAGGAAUAUAACUAUAGUCUCAAAGUUGGACCUUGGAGUAAAUGCAGACUUCCUCACCUUAAAGAAAUGAAUAUGUUUGGGAGAACAAUGUUGGAUUUCAGCUCAGACUCUACAGAACGAAGUACUUUCAAACUACAAGUGAUUGAGGAUCUGCAACAUUUUCACAGGUUUAAGGCCGAUUAUAGUUCCAGGCCUUUGGAUAUAGAAAUUGGUUAUCAAACAAGGCAGGUGAGGUGUACAAGAAACGACGGAAAAAAUGCAAUGCUGAGCCUUUGUGUACAAGACACCGUCCCCUUGACCUUUCAGUCCUGUGUUAUGCCCAAAGACUGUGAAAUGUCUGAUUGGUCUUCAUGGAGCUCCUGCUCAAAGACUUGCCACGCGGGGGAUCUCUCGCCAGGAUUCCGCAGUAGAACUCGGAGUAUCAAGCAUGUCGCUGUUGGAGCUGGCCAGGAAUGUCCUGAAGCUGAAGAAAGGGAAGCCUGCAACACUCAUGGUACUGGAGAAUAUCUUCAUCCUUGCCCAAGGUAUUCAUGGAAAACAUCUGAGUGGAGAAGAUGUGAUAUUACUCUUCUGCUGGAACAGCAGAACCUCCGAUACAAUAAAGAGACAACCCUCUGUGGAGGUGGGAUACAGCUUCGGGAAGUAUAUUGCGCCCAGACUAUGCUAGAGGAAACAUACAGCCUCAAGGAAGUGACUAGACCUGCUGAAAGAAAGCAUUGCCUUGCUUCUCCUCCCCCAGCAUCUCAACUGUGCAGUAUUCCGUGUCCUUCUGAGUGCUUAGUCUCUUCAUGGUCAUCAUGGGGCCCUUGCGUUCUUGAAAACUGCCAAGAAAUUCAAGGGAGAAAAGGUUUCAAAAUGAGACACAGGCAUAUUAUUCCUGAACCCAUGGAUAUGUCUGACAACUGCCCACACUUGAUAGAAUCUAUUCCAUGUGAAAAUCCAGAGUGUUACAACUGGAUUGUUUCAGAAGGCAACUGCUUACCUUAUAAUGGAAUAUGUGGGCCAGGAAACCGUGUGCUCCAUGCCCAGUGCAGGAAUUAUAAGGGUGAAGAUGUCUCAGAUGGGUUUUGUGCAGACUUUCCUUUGCCUUUCAAGACAGUGACGUGUGAAGUACCAUGCGGAAUGGACUGUGUGGUGACCGAGUGGUCACAGUGGUCGCCUUGUUCCCACUCAUGCUCCAGUAAAAAUGCUGAAGGAAGGCAACGCAGAAUGAGACGGAUACUGGCAUUGCCAGGAGAAGGUGGAAAGCCAUGUCCCCCUACUCGUGCACUGCAAGAAUAUCGUGUGUGUAAUGAACACUCUUGCAACCUGGUCUACAGGGAAAUGUCUGUGUGGAGUCCCUGUUCAGAAAAUAUAUUGGUAACAGCUCUGAAUGCUACCAUUAACUGGAAUGGUGAAGCUACAUGUGGAGUGGGCAUGCAAACUAGGAAGGUUUUCUGCAUGAAGAGUAAUUCUGGCCAGAUCCCAGCCAAAAGGUGCCCAGAAUCCAUCAGACCAGAAACCGUCCGUCCGUGUUUGCUUCCAUGCAAAAAAGAUUGUGUAGUGACUCCUUUCAGUGAAUGGACGCGUUGCCCUUCUGUAUGUCAACAUGGUACUGGUACUACAGUGAAACAGUCCCGCUAUAGAAUUAUCAUUCAAGAACCUGUUAAUGGAGGACAGGAAUGCCCAGACACCUUGUUUGAAGAAAGAGAGUGUGAAGACAUUCCUCUUUGUCCUGUUUACAGAUGGAAGGUCCACAAAUGGAGUCCAUGUAUACUAGUGCCAGAUUCUAUAAAACAAGGCAUCUUAGGUGCCAAUGAGGCUUGUGGCCAUGGUUUACAGUCAAGAGUUGUUACAUGUGUCUUGGAGGGCAACCAGACAGUCAAUGUGAGUGAGUGUUUGAAAUGGGCCGAACCUAUGCCUUCCAUUGUCCAGGACUGCCUGAUUCCUUGCAAAGAUGACUGCACAUUCACGCCUUGGUCUAAAUUUACAUCAUGUGCUUCAGACUGUGAAUCAACACGAACUCGAAGAAGAACCCUCACAGGGAGAAGUAGAAAGCGAGACAAGUGCCAGAACACAGAGCUAUAUCCUCAGGUUGAAACUGAACGAUGCCCCUGUGCAGUGUUUACCACCCGGUCUCAUGGAAAUUGGUCAGAGUGCAUAAUUGCUCUCAGAAAAGCUGAGUUCCAGUUAGAACCCAGAUUUCAUGGACAUACCAAAGAAUGUGGAGAAGGUGUGCGCUUCCGAGCCCUUGCCUGCUAUGAUAAGACUGGCAGACUUGUGGAACCAUCUCACUGCAACCAUUCAGGUUAUGUUGAACAGCCUUGUGUGGUGCCUUGUCCAUUUGAUUGCAAAUUAAGUGACUGGUCUGGUUGGUCUCCAUGCAGUUCAUCUUGUGGAACAGGAGUAAAAAUUCGGUCCAGGUGGCUUAAAGAGAAACCUUACAAUGGAGGACGCCCCUGUCCCAAACUUGAUCCAAAGAAUCAGGUGCAUGAACCAGUCCCAUGUUAUAGUGAAUGCAAUCAGUAUUCCUGGAAGGUAGAACCAUGGUCUCCAUGUGAAAUCAACAGCGAGCAAAACUCCCUUCACUGUGGAGAUGGAAUACAAACGAGGAAGAUCGGAUGUGUAAACACGACUGAAGAUGGUGAUGGUGAGGCUGUAGACAACAUGCUUUGUAAUAACUCUGAAAUCCCUGCUGAAAUGCAAAAGUGCACCCUCUUCUGUCCCAAUGAGUGUGUGGUGUCUGAGUGGGGCCGCUGGAGCCAGUGCCCACAGAUGUGUGACUCCACCACCAUGCAAACGCGAACUCGUCAUGUGUUGCGAUCUGCUUUAAAACCUAAGACCUGCCCUGAAAUUUCUCAAAUGCAGCCUUGUGUUCUGAAUCAUAAUUGUUUUCAGUAUCACUAUAAUUUAACAGACUGGAGCACAUGUCAACUAAAUGAAAAUGCCACUUGUGGACACGGGAUUAAGAAUCGCCUCCUGAGCUGCAUGCGUAGUGAUGGGAAAUCAGUGAGUAGGAACUACUGUGAGCAGAUAAAUUUGGAAACUCCUACAAAAAUCAUUAUGGACUGUGUUGUGGAAUGUAUCGUAAAUUGCCAGUUGUCUGAGUGGUCUCCCUGGUCAGAAUGUUCACACACAUGUGGCUUUGCAGGUCAGAUGAUACGUACCAGAUCUGUCAUUAUGCAAGCUCAAGGAGAAGGAAGGCCUUGCCCAGCUGACCUUACCCAGUACAGGAACUGCGUGGUCAAACCCUGCUACAGCUGGGUUCUUGGAGAGUGGUCCCAAUGCAAAGUUGAGGGUGGACAGUGUGGGGACGGCAUCCAAGUACGGAAUCUCACAUGUAUGGUGCAUGAUGGCUCUUUAUCAGCAGCAUCUAAGCAAGUAGAAAAUGCACAAUGUGGAGAGCUUCCAGCUAAAGAUAGUGCCCUGCAACUUCCAUGUUCGGUGCCUUGCCCAGGCGAUUGUCACUUGACAGAAUGGUCCGAGUGGAGUUCUUGUGAACUGACAUGCAUAGACGGCAGGAGCUUUGAAACAACGGGUCGCCAGUCUCGGUCAAGAACGUUCAUAAUUCAGUCCUUUGAUAACCAAGACAGCUGCCCUGAACAAGAGGUGGAAACUCGCCCUUGCUCUGGAGGGAAGUGCUAUAAUUAUGUAUGGAAAACAAGCCUUUGGCAAGAUAACGAACGUGCCGCAUGGUGCCAGAGAUCGGAUGGAAUGAACGUCACAGGGGGUUGUUCUCUUCAGAUGCAGCCAGCUACAACAAGGCAAUGCAGCCCAGCUUGUAAGAAGCCAUUCUCUUACUGCACACAGAGUGGUAUCUGUGGUUGUGAGAGAGGCUAUACAGAAAUAUUGAGAUCAAAUGGUUUUCUGGAUUAUUGCAUGAAGAUUCCUGGUUUAGAAGAUAAGAAAGCUGAUGUUAAAACAAAUGCUGCAAAACAUAAACCUGUCAACUCAAAAAUGCAUGACAUUUUCAAAGGAUGGUCAAUCCAACCUUUCAAUCAAGAUGGAAAACUUAAACUCUGGGUUUAUGGAGUAUCAGCUGGUGGAUUUCUCAUUAUACUUUCCCUAAUCUUCACCUCAUAUCUUGUUUGCAAAAAGCCGAAACAACAGCAACAUGCUCCUCCACAGCAAAAAUGUUUGACCUUAGCCUACGAUGGAGAUGUUGACAUGUAACAUAGACAGAAAUCCAAAUGUAGACAUCGGUUGCCUUAAUUGCUUCCUUCUCCCGCCUUUUUUGUUUUGUUUCGUUUUAUAUGAGUCAUACAUCUCAGUUUGAGUUUUGUUUUGUUCGUCUGUUUUCAUGUUUGUGUUUUGAAAUAACCUCCCCCUGAUACAACUUGGUGGAAUGCAACUUGCAAAUCCAAUCAUUUUGCCUCUUGCUUUACCAGAAAAAUACCAUUGAAGGACCUUCUAUAUCUUUGUCCAAAGUGGCAUCUCAGAAAUUCAUCCCUUCCUAUUGAUCAGUGGGCAAAAGGACAAACUAGUCCUUCUACAGACGUUUACGGAUUUUUACUUUUAAAAGCAUGACAAUCCUGUGGGGAGAAAAAAAUGACAUUUACUGUAUAGAACAAGUUGGACACUGCAUCGUUAUGCACUAUAUUAGUGCAAACUUCUUUAUUCCUCACCUCUUUCAACAAUAAGUUUUCUAAUAUUUACCGUUGAGUUACUGUAGGAAUUGUCAAACUGAUUCAUGUAUUUUUUCAAAAUUACGUUGAUUUCCUUUGGUUUUUAAAGUUAUCAAGUUUAUUGGACAGGAAAGCAGUUUCCUUUCCCUUCCAUCAGAGGGGCAGGAUAAUAAACAUUAUCAACACUUUGGAGCAUAAAAUCCAGCUGGCUUUCUAAGCAAGCAGUUUUUUUUAAAAAAACCAAACAGAAAACAAGGUGGACACAAAGUUUUGGUGACUAGGGAGAUGAUGAAUGGUCAAAGUAUAUUUUAAAUUCGUAUUAAACCAUUUAGAUACAUUUUUAACCAUGGAAAACUGUAAUUAAGUUUGUUUAAUAUGAAUUCUGCUUUUGUAAUUUAAAUUUUAUUAUCUGAAAAAUUUGUAAAUUCUUUUUUUAAAGUUUAUUCUCUGACCUUAUUUAUUAUGCAUCUAACACACACACAAAUACACACACACACACUGUUUGUAGAAGGUCUUGCUUUUUAAAAAAGUUUCCAAAUCUACAUCCUGAACAUCUUGAAGAAGAUAAGUGUUUGUAAUAGUAUGUGUUGCAAGUAAGAAAGUGCCAUCUUGUGGUAUUGACAUGUAUUUAUACACAAAUAAAAAGGUAAAGAGUGUGGGAAUGUU